AUGGUCUCAAAUGAGGUCAAGAAAUUCAACAGCCUCAAGCGAACGAAGAUGGCACCGUCAGGCCUAGUGCCUAACGUGUGGCACUUUGAUAUCCGUUACAUUCACCUGGAGCCCCAUCCUGGCCAUGUCCUUUUUCUGUUCCAGCCCGAAAGCGAAUUUAUCCAUCUCGAGCACCUUGGAGGUGUACCAAAUGGCUCCAUGCACUCUUACGAAUACUUCCCCGAGUCUGCUGACCAGGCCGCUCCUGAAGUCGUCAAUGCCCUCAUCCGGUCUUUCAAUAAUGGUUUUGCGCAAAAGGGGAUCCCAACGCAGACGCCAGAGCUUCGCGCUCCAUGGUCUCUCAAGACCGAAGACAAGAAUUUUGCCGUUGCAGUUGGUAAAGAACUCGCACGGGUGGGAGUUACACGAGCACUUUGCACUAUCGAAUCAUCUCCCAAGCGGGUUACUAAAGCGGCGACGAUGAAGUUUAUGGAACUCUUUGUGACCAUUGCUGGUGGGCUACCAAGCUCACCUCUCCAGAUGCCGAACUCCAUUGCCUUCGACUACAAUGCUCUUGCACGAGCUCCCGAAUACGAUGACCCUAGCAAUGAUGGCGAAUUGAGCGAGAUCAACCGGGUCCUACAAUAUGUUCGUUUUCUUGACUCAUGCUCCCCAUAUACCAAAGAGAAGCUCGAUGGGGCCUGGCAUCUGCAGAUGGCACAAACAAUCCAGCAAUCCGAACAGAUGCUUAAAACACCAAUCGAAGAACUCAUCGAACAAGGAGAAGAAGGAAAUAUCUCGGCUUUCAUCGAUUGUGCAGCCAGGUACUAUCUUGGUCUCGGAUGUGUUAGGGACCGUCAACUUUGUCGCAAGUAUCUGCUCCAAGCCGCAUUUCAUCCUCUAGCCCAUGAUGCAACUCGAGCAACGGCUCACGCCAUGAUCACACGCUGGUGUCACGAAGCCACCGACGAGGCGAUUCGCACUCGUUAUCUGUAUGCUAGUCUCCACCAUGCGUGUCUUGCCGUCAAAUUUGCUCGUUCUGUUGCCGCGCCUGGACAUAGCAUUCCCCAAAUCCUUUUCGCCUUCAAGAACAUGACGCCGAUGCUGGUUAAAGACAACCCUGAUGUCAAAAAGCAGUACCCGGAAGUUUUCCGAGCUCUCAGGGAGGCAGAUGAGAGGUUCCAGCGCGACACUCAGACCACCCUCAAACGAAUGAAGCAGCCGUUGCGAUAUCGAUGUGCGACGUUAGAGUGUGGAAUUGAGGCUGAUCACGGGCGAAUGCUGAGCAGAUGUGCCGGUAAAUGUGACGAGGACAAGAAACCACAUUACUGCUCGCGCGAAUGCCAAAGGAAAGAUUGGCCAAACCACAAGCCGUUCUGCAAGCCCGGCCAACCGUGCUCUGUCAUUGACGCCGGAAAGGCGCUUAAAGCGGCACCCUUCGGUGGGAGCAGCAAGCAGGGGCAACGGAGCAUGGUUGUCAAUACGCCUGGUGGAGAAAUGAGCUUAUCAUCAUCGACAAUGUCUGCAGAGUUUAUGAAGGAGGUGCGCGAGGGAAUUGAGAAGAUUUCAGUGGAAGGGGAUCCAGAAGACCAAGAGAAAUUACGGCGCGCUAUGGCUUCAAUGGAUCGCAUGGCUGUGGAGACGUUCAAAUUGGAGUAA